AUGCAAAAUGUUCUGAAAAAAGCUAUUGAAGAUGCGAGGGCGAUGAUAUCGAAGAAACUGAUAGACCAAGAGGUACUAGUCACUCAGAAAACUGUUCAGGAUGCUUUGGACAUUAUUAAAGGUGCCGCAAUGAUUGUCUAUCCAAUGGGCUUACCACCUCACGACGUAAUUCGCCUAGAAUUGGAAAACAACGAAGAUCUGUCUGGAACUCAUGCAUCUUUAGAGGUUAUAGAUUUUGACAUGGCCCAACUAUGGUUUAGCGGCAAAGAAUUGUUGCGAGGCAACAAAUUGAAGGAAUUCAUCGGCGAUAACGACAAGACAAAAAUCGUCGUGAAAAUAUCGAAAAGAGGCUCAGCAGCGCCACCUCGCGAGCCGGUAAUUACCGAUGAAGACCGUAAAAUGCUGCAACUUCACGCUUUCAAGCGACAAGAAGAGCUGAAGAUAUUUAUGGUAAAUUUCUAA